AUGUGGAAACGGAGCGGGCACAUAACGAUCCCCAAACGUUUUGCAGAUUCCCAUGAAAAGAUUUGCCGUUACAUUGCCAGAGAAAGCAACUCGGUGGUUGUGUCAGUUGGGUAUCGUUUAGCCCCCGAACACAAAUACCCUGCUGCAUAUGAAGACUGUCUUACUGCCACCAUACACUUCAUGAAGAACGCAGAGCACUAUGGUGUGAAUCCUGCCAACAUAACGGUCUGUGGGGACAGUGCUGGGGGCAAUCUGGCAGCUGCUGUUAGCCAGACCCUUGCAGGUAGAUCAGACCUCCCCAGCCUGCGUGCUCAGGUCUUGAUCUACCCAGGCCUGCAGGCCCUGGACUUCAAUUUACCAUCCUACUAUCAAAAUCAAGGGGUUCCCCCUUUGCUCCGAGAACAUGCCAUUUUCUGUAUGUUACACUACCUAGAUGGGCAUGCACUGCAUAUGCAAGAGGUCUUGGAGGGCUCUCAUAUUCCUCCAGAUAUGAGGCUGAAGUACAGGAAGUGGGUGAGUCCAGAUCACAUCCCUGAAAAAUUUAAGGUCAGAGGCUACAAACCACACAAGCCCCAUGAAUUCAAGGCUGAUUUUUUUGAGAAAGCAAAGAGAUUCUGUGAGCCCAACCUGUGCCCGCUGCUGGCUGAAGAUGCUGUGAUUCAGCAGCUGCCUGAGUGUUUCAUCCUGACUUGUGAGUAUGAUGUGCUGAGGGACGAUGGCUUGCUUUACAAGAAGAGACUGGAGGACAACGGUGUUCCAGUGACCUGGUACCACCUCGAGGAUGGAUUCCAUGGAAUCACAAGCCUCUAUGAUUACUGUGGCUUGUCAUUCCCAUCUGGAAAAAGGGGAUUGGAUAGAAUUGUUAAAUACAUAAAAGGCCUGUGAAAACAAGUUUCCUUCUUUAUACUUUUCCCACUAACGCCUCUGUUUAGGCUCCCAAACCUCAGGUAGUAGGUAAAAUGUGAUCAUGUGAGUAGGUAAAAUCAGCAAAAAUGUGAUACUCUUUGAUGUGUAAGAAUACCUAUUUUGAUAUUCAUGAACUUCAGAUCUGGUCUUUGUCCUCAUGAGACUAUUGUCAGUCCAGUCUCUAUAGCCUUAGUAUUUUCCACAUACUGUGUUUCAGUCCCUAUUCUUUCAAAUCAGUAUCUGAUU